AUGGCCUUUGUUGAAGGCACGGGAAAUGAUGCAGAAGAUCGGGACUCGUUAUAUUUGGUGGGACUGGAUGACAACCGGUUUUGCAAUGGCCAGGACGCCGUCGUUCGUGACCUUUCGCUUCCCAUCUCCGUCCUAUGUCACAAUCUUGCUUCAGCCUAUUUCAUCCAAAGCGAAGGGCAUGAUCCGGAUCCUAUGAGACCCGGUGCUGGUCAAUUUGGGCAUAGACCGCCCAAAUCACCCGAAUUGGUGAUUUGGUUGCGCCGGUCCAUCAAAAGACUGGUUGAAUCUGGCUUAGUGGGUUUCUUUGAAUUCAGCCCCCUUACCAUCCUGGCUGGCAAGAACGGCCGGGAAUAUGGUUGGAUUGAAGACUCCUGCUGGGCAUUGGAGAAUAUCGAAGUCACCGCAAAUCUGUCCAUGGAAAAGAUCAAGAGAAGAUUUCUAUCCGCCCUGGUAGAUAAGUAUCAAUGGAUGAUGCUUUUUCUGCCAUUCCCAGAGAAGGGACAGGAUUCGAAACGACCUUUCCAGUGGACAGAUAUUGUUGACGGUGCCUUGCUACCCGUUUAUCUCUUCAUUGUUGAGGACCAUGUCGAUCCGGACUCGACUGCCGCGACGCAGCCAACUCUCCAUUUCUCAGACGCGGAUUUCACCUCAGAGAAGCUCCUUCUCAAAGCGCCUGACCGCCAGAAGAUGCGCCUCUUUCGCGUUUCAGAAGAUCAUGUUACAUAUUUCCGCCACUAUCGCCAGGACUCGGAUGGGUUGCGGAUAGUAUCUUCCCGGUUGGUCAGUUUGACAGAUGAUCCGCUUGUGAGCGGUGCAUGGUUGUUGCCAUUUUGGAUUGUCGACACAAAGGGGACUGUUCAGGGGAAAUGA